AUGCAAUUGCCAAACUUAAUUCAAUAUUCAAACGAAAAUUAGAUAAACGGUAAAUUAUCCUCUCAAAAGUAGCAGAAGGAUCAUUCAAAUGGGAAUAAGGAAUCGUAGAUCAUCAAGUAGUUAAUUUCAAUCAUAGUAAUAACAGAUAUAAUAACAUUAUAAUUUAACUUAAGUUCACCUAGGAGGGAGAAAUCUUAUAUAUUUAUGAUGGAUCCAUUUUAAGAAAGUAAAAAUAUACAACAAAUAAAAGGGAGAAAGUUAUUGAAAUCUCAUAAAAACCUCAAUUAUUAAAUAAUAUAGAAUAGAUAAAAUUUUUAGAAUGGAUGGGAAAUUAUGGAACUAAUAACUAAAAGAUUGGAAGAUGGACAAUUUUAUGGAAAGGAACAAAAUUGAAAGAUAUUGGAGGAGAGUAUUCGUAAGAAGGAAAAAAAUAAGGCUUAUGGAGAGAGAUAACAAAAAAUUACAGAAAGUAAUGUAAAUAUUAAUAUCAAAGGAAUGCAGAAGUACUCGAAAUUGGAGUAUACGAAAAUGAUUAUAGAAAAGGUUAUUGGAAAUACAUAUAUUAAUAGAAUGAUAUGUAGAACAUAAUAAUAAAUUAAUAGCGGUGGAGGUUAAUACUGUAAAUUAGGUAUAAAAAAUGGUACAUGGACAGAAAUAUGUGAUGGAUUUGAGUUGUCAUCUUAAAUAAUCUAUAUUGGAGAAUAUUUAGAUGGAAAAAAAAUUGGGAAAUGGAAUAUUUUGUUUCGGCAAUCCAAUCAAUAUGAGUUUAAAUAGAUGUAAAUUAUUUGAUACUAAAACUUAUUAAAACUUAUAGUGGUGGGGGAUUAUAUAUUUAGGAAGGAGAUGGCACCAAAAUUGGAAAUUGGAUUGAACUGGAUGAUGAAUUUAAUAAUAAAAAGCAAGUUACUUAUUAGGGUGAAUAUUUAAUUGGUAAAAAAGUGGGAAGAUGGAGUGUGAAUUUUAGGCACAUUAAUGAAAAGUAGUUUAAUCAGAUGUAAAAAUCAUUUAUAUGGUCCCUAAUUUUAGUGGAGGUGGAUCAUAUGAAUAAGAGAAUAGUAUAAAAUUUGGUAAGUGGACAGAAAUCAGCGAAGGAUUUAAUUGCGAUUCUUAAGUCAUAUAAAAUGGAGAAUAUAAAAAUGGAAAAAAAGUAGGUCUUUGGGAUUAUUAAUUUCACUUUAGAGGACAUAAAUUAAUGUAAUCCAUUUGUUAACUUCCUUAGUGGUGGUGGUCUAUAUGAUCAAAAUGGUAAGGGCGAUAAGUUUGGAAAAUGGAUAGAUUUGGAUAGGAUGUAUAAGUGGAAUUCGUAGGUAACUUAUUCUGGGCAAUAUCAAAUUGGUAAGAAAGUUGGUAAAUGGGAUACUUGGUACAAGGAUUAUGAAAAUAGUUUAUUAAUGUAAGUUUAUUAUAAGAUUCUUUUUUAAGUGGAGGUGGGUUUUACGAUGAUAGAUGUGCUGGCAAUAAGGUUGGUAAAUGGAUUGAGUUGGAUAAUGAAUUUAUGGGUUAAAAAUUAGUAACAUAUACCGGCCAAUAUAUUAAUGAUAAAAAGGUCGGUAGGUGGGAUAUUUGGCACAAGCAUCAUAGUGGCAAUCACUAUAAAUAAAUGUAAGAAAAGUGUUUAACUUAUUAAAUAGUGGUGGGGGAUCAUAUGAUAGCCGAGAAGAACACAUGAAGAUUGGAAAGUGGAUUAUAUUGUGUGAUGAAUUUUCUGAUUCACAAUAAGUGGUGUUCAAUGGUGAAUAUUUUCAUGGUAAAAAAGUCGGUUUAUGGGAUAUUUUGUAUUGGUGUUUUGAUUAAGAUUAAUAUAAAUUGAUGUAAAAUUCUGGUUUACUAUUUCUUAUUUAUUUAAAAGAGGUGGAGGAAUAUAUAAUAAAAAAGAUUGCCAAAAAAUAGGGAACUGGAUAGAAUUGGAUGAUUUAUUUGUUUAAUAAAGAAAAGUUCUUUUUAAAGGUGAGUAUUUAGAUGGUAAAAAAGUUGGAAAGUGGGAUAUUUGGUAUAAGCACUAUAAUUCGAACGAAUUUAAGUUGAUGUAAAAGUUUAAUUAUAUUUUUUUUUAGAGGUGGUGGAUCGUACGAUAUAAUAGGCAGUGCCAUAAAGCUUGGAAAAUGGAUCGAAUUGGAUGAAGGAUUUUAUGAUAGAAAAUAAGUAACUUACGCUGGCUAAUACAAAGCAGGGGUAAAGAAUGGUAGAUGGGACACUUGGUAUUAAUAGGAAUAGUAAAACGAAAAAAUGUAAUAUAGUGGCAUAUCUCAUCAAGUGGUGGUGGACUUUUUAAAGAAGGGGUUGACAAUAUGAAAAUUGGGUAGUGGAUAGAGUUGGAUGAUGAAUUUAGCGAAUCAAAAUAAAUAACUUAUUAAGGUGUGUAUGUUAAAGGUUACAAGGUCGGAUAUUGGGAUAUUAACUUUAAAAAGUAGUAAGGCGAUUAUAAAAUUGAAAAAAUGUAAACAAGUUUAUUAUGAAUAUAAGUGGUGGAGGUUCAUUUACAGAAAUUGGUGAUUGCAUUAAAAUUGGAAAAUGGGUUGAAAUAAGUAAUAGAUUCUGGAUAGGAAAAUAAGUUAUCUAUGUUGGCGAAUAUAAAAAGGGAAGAAAAAUUGGACUUUGGUUUAAAAUGAAGAGAUCAUUUAAUUAGGCAGAAUUCAAAAUAUCAAGGCACAUUGUAAUUUGA